CUGGACUUCUUUUAACAAUGAACCUCCCAUGUCUACUACCUAAUAGGUGCCUAGCCAGGGCUCCCCAGAAAGCAAAAAGGCGGGCAUGAGACAUCGGACCGUGCUUGCAGUUGCAUACUGAGCCAUACUCCAGUCCACAGUUUAAUGAAUAUCUGCCUACAUAUAUCACAGGGUACCUAAGUCUAGUACAACUGUACAUUACUAAUAUUAUUCAUCAAAUGUCGAACGAACUGCCAGCAUUUGAUAACCCCCCUCCCCCUUUUCCAGAUCCACCUCCUUACAUUCCGGGAACCCGAAAUGAUGCGGACGAGGUCGUCCAGCCCGUAAUUCUCGUCCUUGCCGGACAUUUUGUCCGAGCUCAAACCUCCGAUGGCUCGCCGCUGUACGAGCUUUCCCGGGAUAUCUGCAAUUCUGAAUUAGGCACCUCUCAGCUAAGCCAGGUCUCCUUCAACCGGAUUAUUUCCAACGUGCGCUUGACCGCCGACGGAGCACCUCGCGUGCACAAUCGCCAUAAGCAUGUUUCCGAGCUCAAGUACCUACCGCCGGUUCUGUCCACCGGGUUUUCUUAUUGCCUCGAUGCGAUGUCGCGCCACGCUAUGGGGAACCUCGCAUUGAAGACCGCUUCCUUCCCGAGGUCGGGGCUCAAAAUCGUGCGAAUCAAGCCCGAGAGCGGGUCUUCCCAGAGCGGCUCCCGGGCAUUGAAGGAGUCUCCCAAGGAGGUCCAGGAUGUAUUUGACGUGCGCAAAAAACGUGGCCAUUACGAAUGGAUCCAAAGCGGUGAGGACCGCAUUGCGUUUGAGGAAGAAGCGGAAGGCCUACACAAGUUGAUAGUCACGUCGCCAUUGAAAAGGAAGACAAUCGAUGCUUUAGUAGGUAGUUGGUGUCUGAGGAUAUGGCAUGACAGCCUAGAACCGCCUAACAAGUUCUCCCUUGGAUGUGAGUUGAUUUCGCUUAUGUAAUUGGACUCGUGAUCUUCUAUAGUAUGCUAAUCUUGUCAUAUUCAGACUGAUGGGCGGAGUUGGAAAUCCGUAGCAAAGGUUAGGUCCUCUUUCAAUCCUACCAAUAGUUAUUAUUAUCUCGA